CUUAUCAACACCCCCAGUGGGAGUCGAGUGGGUAACGUGCCAUGCUGCACUGUCACGGUUCGACUCCCGCUGGCGGUGUUGAUAAAACCGAAGCGAGGUCGAAACCGCAGUCCACUUCAGCCUGAAGAAGAACACCAUUUAGGAAAACAAGGUUACGCGAAAUUAAAUGGUAGCGUCAGCUUAACUCAGAUCAUUGCUUCGGGCCUUUCCAAUCUGGUGGCGCGACAGCUCUCCCUUGGUCAUUCUGUUCCCCCUGAAGCUUUGGUGUUUAUACUAGCCACAGUCGGAGCCAUGCUGACUGAAGUUACUUCGAAUGUCGCCACUACCUCUAUUCUUUUGCCGAUUGUCUUCAGCAUGGUAGGCGGUUUGCAAAAAUGUGUGGCUGUUAGAGGUUUGCCAGUAUAG